ACCCUAAAGAUAAAAAGCGUAGCUGAAACUAAUUUCCCCGCUGCGGGUGCCACGACUGAUUGAAGGAGGUUCCGCGAUGGUGUGAAUACAGAUUCAUUUGACAAAUAUUCCCGGAUAAUGCAUAUCUUUAAAAGUAGAAUAAUUUUGAACUGAGGAUCUGCAGGAGACACAUUAAAGAAAUGUCGUAAUGUGUGACACGAGUUUAUCAAAUCACACAGAAAGCAUUUCUCAUUGGAUUUUUUAAAUUAAAACCGGAUCGGGCCUUAGGUCGCCCGUUUAGUCUAGCAACAAGACGAUCUCCGUUCGGUUGAUAUGGCCGUCGUUGAAGAAUUUGAUUAUUUAUGUCGUUUAUGCGCGACUAAAACAGGCAUAUUAAUGGGAUUACCGAUCUUCGAAGCCGGCGAUCAAAUGCGCAAUAUUGACAAGAAAAUAGCCGCGUGUUUGCCAGUACAGGUAAAAUCAUGCGUAAAGAUAGAGGUAUCUAUGACUGAUCAGUUACCAAAAGUAGUGUGUGAGGAGUGUGCUUAUAAAUUGGACCAAUUAUUUGACUUUCGUGAAAAAUGUUUACAUACUGAAGGGAUGUUUAUGGAAAUGCUAAAAGAAAUUGCUAAAGACAACGUUGUUCGUAUAUCGAAGCAGGAUUUAGAAGAAGUAGAAGCAAUGAGUAGAAUUCAAAGGAAUAUCAGUAGAAUACAAAAUAACAUUGAAGACGUACAAAAUCAUGUAACUUCUCAGGAAACAGAAGAAACCACUAUACAUACUAUGCAAGUCAUGGAUGAAAUAGAUUUAGCAGGUGGUGAACAGGUUGUUACGCAAGAAGAAAUAGAACAACAGGAUACCGAUAUUGAAGUCACAGGUAUCGAUUGUUUAGAUGGAGACACUGUCAGAAUGGUGGAUGAACAUAUACGAGAAGUUUCUAAUCAUCAAAUAGCAAUGCAUUUGGAGGGAGAUAUGACUGUAGUUGGAAAUUUAACAGUUAGUGGUCACUUGAGUCAGUUAGGUAUAAAUUAUGUAACUUCAAUAAAUCCUGAAGAUCAAACUCGAGAACAAAUAGUACAUUAUUGUGAUAAUGUAAAAUAUGAAUCUGUACCAAUUAAACAAGAAUAUCAUAGGUUACACGAUAGAUUGACUACAGGAAAUUCUACAAAUGUACUUGAAAAUAAUGUAACGCAUGAAACUUUUCCUUCUGCGCAACAAGAAACUGUAAGUGAUAUGGAAGAAUCACGAAUUGUUGAAAAUGAAACUCCUGCGCAUACAGCUUCUUCUCAAACAAAUAAUUUGGCAUCAACGAGUCAGAUAACCACUGGAGGUACAGAAAUUUUAGUUGAAUAUACAAAAGAAGCAAAAGAUGCAUUAUUAGAAACGACAUUAAAUAAUCCUACCAUUGACGAAACUGGUUCACAUUGGUUUGUGUGUCCAUUUUGUAAUGAAGCAAUGUUAGGAUCAAGUAAUACAAUAGCACACUUUGAACAGUACUUUUGUUACUGUUCCUGUGGAUUAUAUUUUACAAGCGUAGAUGCACUGAAUGUACAUAAAGAGAGUUGCAAUGUACAUAAAAACAAAGUAGUCAGUAAGGAAAAAGAAGUUACUGAAUCAGAACUAACGCCUACGCAAAAUGACACAAACAUAGAAGAAAAAAAACAAGCAACAAUGAGACAGAAAUGGACUCCAAAAGUUUGUACUCACUGUGGCAAACAAUAUAGGACAAAUUAUAAGUUGCAAGAACACAUGAGAAAACAUACUGGUGAAAAACCUUUCCAAUGCAUCACUUGUGAAAAAGCAUUUCGUAGUAAAAUAGGGCUUGCACAACACACAGCCACACAUACAGGACAAUUCGAUUACAAUUGUUCCACAUGUGGUAAAGGUUUUCAGUCUAAAAGCUAUCUUGUUCUUCACCAAAGAGUGCAUUCGGAUUUAAAACCCUUCCCAUGUAAUACUUGUGGGCAACAUUUCAAAACAAAACAAUCUCUGUUAGAUCAUCAGAACAGGCAUCUCGGAGUUAAACCAUAUGUGUGUGAGAUUUGUGGUAGAGGUUUCAUAACUAAAGGACUGUGUAAAAGUCAUCAAAAAAUACAUUCAGGCAUGGACAAUCGGCAAUAUCCAUGCGUAGUAUGCAAUAAAAUGUUUGUUAGUAAAAGUUACCUUAACACACAUUUACGUAUUCAUACUGGUGAGAAACCUUAUUUAUGUGAAGUUUGUGGUAAAGGGUUUUUAACACGUGUCGAUCUGAAAAUUCACUCGACCAUGCAUACCGGAGAGAAAAGUUUUAAAUGCGAUAUGUGUGGAAAAGUAUUUGCCAGAAGAGCCGCGUUAAGAUGUCACAGAAGAUUACAUACGGGAGAACGACCUUACAGAUGUGACGUAUGUGGCAAAACAUUUACACAAUUCACUCCUAUGGCCAUCCACAAAAGAUUACAUACCGGGGAACGACCGUAUGAAUGUGAUGCCUGUUCUAAGACAUUUGUAUCGAGAUCAACUAUGAUGUGUCACAAAAAAAAGCAUCAUAGUACGCCAACGGUACAAAAAGAAGAACCAGUUCCUCGUCAGAAUGAAGUGAAAAAUAUUUUACCAGCUGAAAUUGUACUUCGGGAUUCUCAGGAAGGAAUUCAAAUUACCGCCGAUUAAAAUUUACGAAAACAAAUAACGCACGACAGGAACUAAAAUAUCGAGUCUGCAUUUUAUAAAGCGGCAUUAGUCACCACGAUGUAUUCCUUUAUUGUAGCGUAUAUGUUAAAAUUGUAUACAAAGAAUAUAUUUUCGAAGAUUCUUCGCAA